GCCACCUACCUCUUUCCCAUCCGGCCAUGUGGGCCCGCGCGCGUGCGCGGCACCGCGCGUGGCCGUACGGGGCCAUGGCCGUGGCGGCCCUGGCCGUGGCGCUGCGUGGCGGACGCUGCGGGUCACGUGCCUUUGCGGCGAUGAUCAGCACGGAGCGAAAGAAGAAGAUGGAGGAACGGAACUGGCAGGUCAUUGGCAGCCAUUCAGCUACGAAGCUCUGCCGUUGGACCAAAUCCAUGCUGCAGGGCAAAGGUGGUUGCUACAAGCACACCUUUUAUGGGAUCGCGUCGCACCAGUGUAUGGAGCACACGCCCAAUGUGGCUUGUGCAAACAAGUGCAUCUUUUGCUGGCGCAACCACAUCAACCCCGUGGCACUCGAUUGGAAGUUUGACACAGACGAUCCGGAAGAAAUCUUGGAAGAGUCCUUGCAGAAGCAUCUUCAGACCAUCGAACAACAAUGUUUGUCACCGAAUGCGUUAGAGCACCGAAAGGAGGAAGCUCGACAGGUUCGACAUUGCGCGCUGUCAUUGGUGGGUGAGCCGGUGGCAUACCCACGCAUCAAUGAAUUCCUUGCAGCCCUUCACCGUCGUCGGAUCUCCUCGUUUCUGGUGACGAACGGCCAGUUUCCGGAGGCCAUCUCUGCUUUGGAUCAGGUGACUCAGCUCUAUUUGUCCUGUGAUGGUGCAACUCCAGAGCAGCUGAAAACCGUGGGGCAGCCUUUGUUCAAGGAUUUCUGGGAGAGAUACUUGCAAUCGAUGGACAUCCUGGCAACCCGACCUGAACGCACGGUCUGUCGUUUGACCCUUUUGAGGGGUGAGAACAUGGCGGGACCUGCGCAGUGGGCUGAGCUGCUGCAGCGCGCCAAGCCGGACUUUGUUGAAGUGAAGGGGGUCACGAUGGCAGGACUCUUCGACAGCCAUGGCCUUGGAAUGAUGAACAUGCCCACACAUAUGGAGGUGAAGCAAUUCACCGAGGCGCUGGCCGAGCGGAUGCCCGGCUACGCGCUCGCCUGCGAGCACGAGCAUUCCAACUCGGCGCUCGUGGCCUCCGAGCGCUUCCGAGAGGAGUGCGGGGGAGAGGAGCCGGAGGCGGGAUGGACUCAAGUUGUGUGGAUGUGCCAGCUUGUAAGAACGCCAUGAGACUAUACAAAGUGCCUUGUAAGAGCUUUUAGUAUGGGCUCCAGAAAUCAUUUUUGGCAAAUCAUUUUGGUAACUCCAGAUCUGCAAAACUGACACACCCCACCAAUCGUGCACCUGACACCGGCCCACCGAAAUGGUGCGAACCUGCGAUUGGGAAAGUGGAGCGGCGGGAUAGAUGGUUGACGAUGACCUCUGGCAACAAUUCACCGAGUUCAAGCGAUAGAGUUGACCCUUGGGACUGAAUCACCAGGAGGGAGGCAGCGAGGGCGAGUGGCGAACCUGGAUCGACUUCGAGCACUUUGCGGACGCCAUGGCUCGGCAGGAGCAGCUGACGGCUUUGGACUACACCAGGCCGACCCCUUCCUGGGCUUUGCUGGGCUCACCUGAUGAGGGCUUCGCGCCCACCGAGCAGCGGAAGCGUCGAGCGCGAGCGCGGCCCGUGUGGUCGGAGGAGAAGGAGCACUGGCGUGAGGCGAAGGCGAAGGGCCGAGACAGUGAAUCCGAGCAGUGAGAAAUGGCGCAGGGUCGAUAUGAGGCCCCCAGUGCUGCCAAUACCUGCGGGAAAAAGACACAUGCAAAGGAUUUCUGCCCUCUUCUGAAUGGUGGGGAGUCAUUUUUUAGUUUUGGCAUCAUGGGGCAGCUGAUCAUGCAGAGCUGUGACCGUUUUCAGGUCUUUAAGACCAGUCGUUUCAGGUUUCAGCUCGCGCACGGCACGAAGCCCGGGUUGCGCCGUUCGCGACGGGGUUCUGCCGCCGACGGGCGGCUCGGACGCGACACGAAAA